AUGAGGCGCUCAUUGGACCAGGCACUGGAAUCACUGGAAGUCAGCAACCGGUUGCGAAGGGGAGAGCAAUGGCAGCAUUGGCUCCAGCUCGCAGAUGCGCAUGAUCAUGGCUGGUAUGUGGAAGUGAUUCUGCGCUUUGCAUUGCGGUGCUUUUCGGACAGGUCUAUCAUUGGCCAGGGUAAAGCUUCAGGCAGUUGCCCAGAGUUUGAUCGCCUUGAGCACGCCUGGGGAGGCGGAUCUCAAGUCAAGGAUUCUGCGGGAAUUGUGGAAUGGAGCAUGCUAGUGUGGCAUCCGGACUUUUGGCAAACAGCUAGGUCAAUUGGAGGCACUCGAGCACAGUCGUUGACGCCAGGAAUCCUGCUGCCCUUGCAACACUCCUUGAGUUCUCUGGCUGAGAAGAUCGUGGCCGGGGAGUUGACAGUGCAAGAGAUGUUGCGAACUGCUCCCUUGAAUGCCUGGCAGAACUCUGCUUUCUUUGAGUUGCUUGAGCAUGGGCCAGUCACACAUCAGCUGCAAGACAUGAUCAAGAGAGUCCGGUUCAUGCAGGAGUUCGAAAUCAGUGUUCAACGACUUUCACAGGUGUUUCCGGGGCAAGCCGCAGCCAGUAUUUUGGCAGAGGGCCUCUACAAAUCGUUUCUCAAGGCAGCUACCAAUACUAAGAAACUUGAACCCUUGCCAGAGGUCUCGCAGCUCCGUGUACCCUUGGCUGAGAUCAAAGAAGAGUUAUGGACACUGCCUGUGGAAUUGCCUUCGAAACUCCAGGUAUCUCACGUUGAUGUACCACUGCCCAGCUUCUCCUUGGUGCUGACUGCCAUCAAGACUCUUCGUUUGGCCCGUUCAGGGAGUAACAGACCAUUGCAUUCAAUGCUCCAGGCAGUGGAGCAAGAAAUGAAUGCUUUGAACAACAAAGGAAGCGGCUUCAACUUGUUGGAGAAGGUCUUUGUUUUGUACCAGGGCAUUGAGCGGGUUUUGAAGGGUCUUUCAGAAGUUGGAGGUGAAGAAGCCAGGCUAUCAUCACAGGCAUUGAGUUUGAUUGAACGACAUUGGGCUCCCGUUGCUCCAACAAUGGUGUCGACACUUUUGGGAGAGAUUCAGUCAGUGAGCUCUUUGAGUUUUGGGGACUUGAAUGAAGUUGGUGGCCGAGUACAAGCAGUACUCAGAGGCAGAAAAACAGUGGAAUUUUGGAACCUUUGCACAAUGAUUCUGAGCCACUUAUCGAGCACCUUGCCAAACAGGGCAAUCCAGGGAGGAUUCUCAGAGGAAACAUGUGAUCUCGUUGCUUCCCUGCAAGCGAUGCAUGAAGCCUUCAAUGCAGCCAAAGAGCAGAAAAACGAAAGUAAGCUGACCACCAAGACUUUGGACCAACUGGACAGCGCUACACAAUGCUUGCGAGAGUUCUUUGAGUUCCUGGGCGGUGGAGAUGGAGACUCUGGCUUUGAACAGGUGCUGCGGCUUGUGACCACCAUGGCUGAAGGUCCAGGCCUCUCGUUUUUGAGAGUUUUGCUCAGCAGCGCUCAGAAAGGUGAGCAUUUGGCAAUGAGGCUGGCGGAGCUUGUGGAAGGCGCAUUGACACAGGAGACAUUGGCACAUGUGGAGCAAGCUUCAGCCGUCUUUAUGCCUCUUUGUGUCGCAGUCCUUUGGGCCAUGCGCUCUCCAAUUGAUGCUAACAAGUUUCGGGUCAUGGUGGAGGGUGAGUGGUCAGAACUGAUCCAGACGGAGGCUCUGCGCGCAAGCUCUCAGGCCCAGAUAGGAGAUUUGAUGCUGAAAAUGCUCCGUGAGACAUACAAGAUCCACGGAAGCAAGCUGAGUGAGUUCUUGGAGGGCUUGAGGUCAGCACUGCGGCAGGGAGGGGUACUAAAGCAAAAGCUGGAGGAGAAUUCUGAUGAUGCCACAGCCGUCAGCAAUACAGUUCAUGGAAUGGUGAGUGGAGGGUACUUGGAGCUGGCUCCCAGCACUGAUGCAACGCACUUCGAAGUUCUAGGUGUGUUCAAAUUCAGCAAGGACCAGGCGAUGAUCACACGAGAUGUUCAGCAACUCACCGAGUGCUCCGACAAAGCCAGCCUCGCUGUACCCAAAGUUGCCUUGGAUGCCGACAAUCCUACAGCCUUGACUCAAGAGAAAGUGCAAAUUUUCACUGGAUGCAUUGAGGGAAUUCUUGGCUUGCGGCAGGAGCUGACAGAGCUUCUUCUGAUUGGACACCCUUACUUGGAAGACGCAGGAGAAUUGCGAUUUCCACGUCAGGGAGAGGGCUUGUCAGCUUCAACAUUGCAAGAAGUCAAGGACACCUUGAGAUGGGCACAAGGUGCAAUGCAGCAAUGGUGCAAUGCCCUGGAUCAAGCCCGUGCCAGACAUGCAAUCAUGAGCACCAUCCCUGCCAGGAACAUUGUCAAACUUGCCCGUGCAGUGUUGAAUAGCACGCCUUCUGCAGUCGCUUCGCUGAUGUCCUUUCAAUGUCAGGUGGAGGGCAAGUUCGAGAGCGAUCAACAGUUAAACGAGUGGUUGGAACAGUGCAAGUGUUUUUCUCCCGGAGAAGGUGUUCAGGAGAAGUUCCUGGAAAAGCUUGCCGAAGUGUCAAAGCAGGUGAUUCCCCCACAUGCCUUGACCACAUUCUCGCCUUUGCAUCAGAUUGCUCGGUGUUACCCAAAGCAGAGAGCUUCUGACGAUGCAACUGCAAGAAGUAGAAUAGACCGCAGGCAGAAUCCGAAGUUCUACCCGAAACGUGUUCUAUUGAUUCAGGAGGAGUUGUCGCAUGAACCUGGCAAUUCGGCCUUGCAAAGCAUGGCCACAACCACAGUGCUUUCCUUGCUCUUGCCUCUUGGGAUCGGACCCAGUGCCGAAAAUCUCUUGCUGUGUGACUCCAGCACCACCAAGGAUGAUGUUUUGAGGUUUCUGCACCGAGUUACUCAUGCUACCCGCCUUGCUAUGGACACCUCUCGCCAAUCCCAGGUUCUCGGCGUUUGCGUUCAUGUGGAUUGCUUACAGCCGGAUGUGCUGCAGGAGCUCCUGUGCAGGGUGGAUGCCAUGCAAGCAGCGGUUGGUGCAAGGCGCACAGAAGCCGACAGCGUUGCUGAAUUUGAAGUGCGCCUGGCUUUCACACUGACCAUGCGUGCUUCCAAGACACUGAUCGAAACCUUGGAGAAGGACUUGUGCAAGCAGCAGCAGAUCAAUAUCUUGAAGCUUUCCAGCAUCAAAGCUUUUUUGAAAGAGGCUGGGGCAGCUGCUUUGGGAUGUCACAGCAUUGUGAGUUCCAAGUAUGCCGGAGAUGGCAAGACGCAUGCCAUUCGUAGAUCUGAGAAGUGGGACCCAGACUCUCAUGUCACAAUUGUUUGGGGUGGUGCCCAGACACGUGGGCAAGCAGCAAGAGCCUUGAGGAAGGCCGAGGGUGCUGGCUGCGUCCAUUUAGAGUUGCACGGAUUUGAAGAAGGUGGUGGGGUAGAUGCUGACAUGCUGCUGAUGGAGCUUCUUCUUUUUCGCUGUGUCUUUGAUCCCGAGAGGUCUGAGUGGACACGCUUCGCUGCUGACACGCCACUCUUCGUGGAAGUAGCAAACUCAAUCAAGAUCAGGCAAGGAACCGGCCCAGUUCAGCUCAUGAUGCUCUCAGCGCCGAUUCUGAAAGGUGUGCCAGGACAAAGAUUGAUCCAUGCAGACUCUCCAUUUCUUUUCAGUGGCGAGGAUCUUUUCCCGGAGAGGGCUGCUUCCAGCGCACGGGACUUCGCUUUGGCUGGUGCAGCCUUACUUCUGGGUGAAGAGACGCAAAAUCUGGUUGGGUGUGAAGGGGAGCAUGGCGUCGCCUUCAAGCUAAUGGCAGAUGCGCAAGGACAAGGUUCCUUGCGGUUCAUUGGGAACGGACAUGAUGUACCCAGUGCCUUGCUACGACUAUGGGACUUGGUGCGCAGGGACCUAGCACGUGGAAGAGAGCCUGAGACAAUUGUGCAGCCGCCAAGUGACUUGGGCAGUGCAACCCAAGAUAAAUUGCAAGCGUUGCUGCUAGACAUGAUGACAGGCCAACUUGAGGAGCAGCAAGUGCAUGCAGGUACGACCGAAGCUGAGAUUUUGGAGGCUCUCAACAAAGGGGAAGAACUUGCUCGACAAAAAGCAGAUGGAAGGAAGGAUGGUGGCACGGAGCAUAUGGUAGUGCAGUUCUGGGAUGAGCUGAAUACCUGUCCGCACCAGGCGCUCUUCAAGCAGAUUCUCAUUGACCGCAUCAACCCAAGCACUAGCAAACCCAUUCACAGGGGCUUGUGUUUCGUCGCCGCUUGCAAUCCUUGGCGCCGUGCAAGCCAAGGUAGCGUGGUGUGUGUUGGAUUUGAAAGCCCAGUCUCCCAAGAGGAUCGCUUGGCCGGUCUUGCGUAUCGAGUGCAUCCGCUUCCCGAAAGCCUGUUCACGCACCUGUCCUCGUUUGGGCAACUUGACUCCGAAACUGAAAAGCAGUACGUCAAAGAGAUGGCAUCUCAAGCUCCGCAACUCCUAAACCCUGAUGACCAGUGGCUUCGACCGCCUCCAUUGACCAAAUCCAUGUGCGAUCAUGUGGCUCAAUACGUGUGCAUCAUCCAUGACUUCUUCCGGGCUCUGGGCUCUUGUGUCUCGUUGCGGGAUCCAAAUCGUCUCUUGAAGCUCUGGGGGUUCAUUCGCUGGGAAUUGGAGCAGAGAGAGAAGCUGGAGAUGGCGAAAGGCCACUCACCCUCAGAUGCUUCCCGACGAGAAGUUAUUUCCUUGGUUCUGGCGCUUCAUUUGGCAUAUGAAGUGAGGCUUCCAGAUCUUGAGAAGCGGAAUGAGCUGCUGGCAGCUCUCCUCCAUCAAUCCAACAUCGGCGAUCUCUUGAAGACUUCCUUCCCACAUGCUUGCAAGAAUGAACUCGAGUGCAUCAAGACCUGGCGCGACAUAGUGCUGGAUGAGCAGGACUACUGGCUAAAUGCAUUCGAUGUGGCAGACAACAUUGCCAAAGUUCGGGCGCUGAGAGAAAACAUUUAUGCUGCGCUGAUUUGCUCCAUGACCCGCACACCCAUUUUCAUCCUUGGAAAGCCUGGUUGCUCGAAGUCCCUGACAGUGUCUCUUCUGAUUAGUGCCUUGGCCGACCCCUACAAAGAGCAGUUGCUGCACUUGGCAAGCUUGAGUGUCCAGCCAUACCAGGGGAGUCGCCAGUCAACCUCGAGUGCCUUGCUCCAGGUCUUUGAAAGGGCACUUGCUAGACAGAAGAAACUCCGGACUCUGAAUCGAAGAACGCGGCCUUUGGCCUUGGUUUUGCUGGAUGAAGUUGGAUUAGCAGAACAGAGCCCUCACAAUCCGCUCAAGGUUUUGGAGCGUCUGAAGCGUCCAGAAUCCAGAGGCUGGCUGCUCCGGCGCGCCAGCGCCCCGAGCCCACAGCCUGCGCAACUCCAAAAGUAUUUGGCGCGCCAGAGCCCCGAACCCACAAUCUGCGCAACUCCGCCCACAGGCUCGCAGAGCCCAGAGCCCACAGCGCCGCCCCUGCCUUCGCCAGAGCAGGGGUCGGCGGAUUUGUCCCAUGAAAGUGAGAUCCGUGGCCAAUUAGAAGCCAGUCUAGGCCACGUGGCAGCUGCCUUCAUGGAGAUUUUGCAGAAUCAGAUGCCCCGAGACUUUCAUGGUCUCCGCGAUUGGUACGGGAUGUGCUCAUUUGCAGCACGCCUGCUGCUGGCUGCAGAUGUGGAGAUGGGUUGGGGUUGCGAAGAAGUGAAGCAUGGAGCUUUGAUGCAUGCGGUUUCUGAUGAGCUGGGCAAAGAAGCUGAGCAACUUGUCAAAUUAUGUCGGGAAAGGCAUUUGCAGUUCGUGCCGGCAGAUUGGGCUUUGACGAUGGCAGUCCUCAACAACAUGAGUGGCAACCACUCCUCAGGUGCACUUGACAAGAUGCUUCACAGCCUCAGCCAGAAUGAACACCAGCAAACCCACCAGUCGAUACCAGUUCUUGAAGAAAUCUAUUCAGAAAUCCUCCAUGUCUCGAAUCGCUUGGACAGUUUGCUCGGUGAUGUGGCCGGCCGGCAUAUCAUGGUAAUUACUGACUCUCCUGGGCCUGUGAUUGCUUGGAUUCAGCACCGGGCUCGUCAAGUGGCAAAUUGGAAUCCUGAGAGCUUGGUUGGAAGCCCACUGAAACAGGAUCAGGUGAGCACUGAGAUGUAUGCUCAAUCCAUGAUCCAAGCUGCAAUUGUGAGUAUGGCGCAGGAAAGGCGCCUCCUCAUAUUGCAGAACUUGGACAUCAUCUACGCAGCCCUGUACGAUGUCUUCAACUCCAACUCCAGCCGUGCCAGUGGCCUCAACAGUCAAAGGUACUGCCGAAUUGCUCGGCAAGGCUUCUGCAACAAUCGGUGCGCGGUGGCAGAUCAGUUCAAGGCAGUCCUUGUGGUGACUCGCGAACGAGCUGCGAGGUAUGAACCAGCUUUGCUGAAUCGCUUUGCCAAGCUGGAGGUAGAUCGCAGCUCCGACACCCGAGACGAGGAGGACGAUGCUGAAGGACUCAUAGUGGAAUUGGAAGAUUUGUUGCCCUCCAUGGACGAAGUUCUUGAGUGGCAGGAGCAGCUGGCCAAGGCUUGCCCAGCAGUGCAGGGAAAGAACGGAGAACGGCCGACAGACGUCGUUUCUGAAUCGCUUGAAGAUGGCUGCGUGGGCAGUGCCGUGACAAAGGAAGCGUUGUUCUCACUAUUGGCCUCGCCGGACUGCAUGCUGGAGGGACGGAUGGAUUCACACACAUAUUGUCGAAGCUCAAAGUCACACUUUGGAGAACUCAUGAGGGAAUUGUACAACAAGUUUGGCGAUUCAGCAGGCCAUGUGAUCGUUCCAGUGCUUGUUCCGACUUUCAGCGACCCGAAUCAAUCACUUGACCUGGAGGCAAUGCCAGGCUUGAAAGAUCAGGAGAAGGUCUUCUCCAAGGUGUGCAUCGCCAACAUCAUCUCCGAAGCUGCUUUGAGAGAGAACAUGAAAGAACAUAUCGAGCAGAUUGAAAAGCGGCUAUCAGGGAGCAACGGCCAAAUCCUCUCAGUCUUGCAUGUGCACGUGAAUAUGAAGCAAGACGAUGCCCAGGACAUUGUGGAUUACAUGCGGUUUCAACUGGAGUGGUGUGCUGAACAGAUCGAGGGCAGCCUCAAUGGCAAGCUCAAAGGAUUUGGCUUGCACAUUCUAGCUUUGGUUGUUCAUGGUGUGCGAGGAAGUGGCGGGGAACAUAGCAUGCGACCUUUUCUGUUAGCUGGACCUGGUGCUGAACAGAGUCAGAGUAGGCCUUCGACUUUGGAUGUGAGGAAGUGUGAAUGGACUGGGGUUGGUGUCGAUCACUUUUCGCACGUGUUGCCAUGGGGAAUGCGACCUGAGGAGCUUUUGAAGGGCACAAUUGCAGAGAUUUACGGUCUUGAAGAGCCAUCUCCGGAUCGUUUCCGGAGGAUUCUUGCAGAUGCAUUGCCUCAUGUAGUUCCUCGUUUUGGAUUUGAUUCCCAACACGCAGACAGCUUUGUCAUCGUCCAAUCCUUGCUGCAAGAGAUCAACGACAAGCCAGAGUUGGUCAGUUGUGUUCGCUCUGUUCUGAGUGAGCAGCUGUCGAUGGAGCAGGCUCAGUGGCGCGUCUAUGUAGCAAAAGACAUCCAGCUCUUGCGACGCACGGGCCCAUUCCAGCUGGCCCUUCUGUCACAUCUACGACAAGACGAGAAGAUUCUGCCGGUCAUGAAGGCGCUAUGGCUUCACAGUUUGCAUAACAGCUGUCCAAGCAUUGUCCAAUCAGAACCCCUGCUUUUGACCAGACGUUCUAGCUGGUUGACCCCCGCAGACAGCAGGGAACAUGAGUUUGUGCGAAGUGAUCACUGGAGACCGGUGGCCCAAUCGCUGUUGAACGCUCCAAGUCAACCAAUUUGCCGUGAGCCGAUGCUGUCACAACUUCAUUCCAGCAACCGACGAGCAUUUUUGAUGCCUGGAAGCGUGGCUGUGAUGCAAAUCAUUCUGCCCCAGUUGCAAACCAAGAAUCUGCUGCCAGAGCAAGACUUCACCGAAGUCUUGCUUCGUGAAACCAUCCGCUUGUCAGCAGUAGUCCGGCAUUGCCUGCCUGUUGCAGUUUGGGAAGCUUUGAAAGCAGUGGGGGAACAGGUGACGUUGGAUGAGGCGACUGAUGGGAUUGGCCUGCUGGGCAAUGAUGUGAUCAUUGAAAUGGCUGCACGUGCGUGUGCCUCCGUGCAGGAUUGGCUUGAUGCAGGCCAAGCAAGUUUCGAAAGUGUCCGUUCCCAUCUCGACCAGCUUGUCCUUGCCCUGGUGCGCAAUGUGGCUUCACAACAAGAAAGCUAUGUUCACACUUGUGGUGAGGGUCAGAAAUCAGUGUUAGUUGAGGAUCCGCAUGUGUUGAGAGCACUUCUGCCAGCAGUGGCAGCAGCGAUGCUACGACCCAUCUCGCAGCAGGUCGCAGCUUUGCAAAAGCAAUUUCCCACGACUCGCAGCUGGACCGAAUACUUGGAGCCUCUUCUAGAUCCCUUCCCAGUGGCUGGAACGUGGAACACCUUCUUGAAAAGAGGGGUCCGAGCAGCAUUUGAACUACAUGCUGCAGAUCUGGAAGAAUUGCUUUGCCUGAGUGCUGCAGCUGGUGAUGAUGUCCAGGAGUUUUUGCAGCUCUUACGCCAGCUAUCUGUGACCAUCGAAGAUUUCGUCAUCACCGUGGGUUGCAGUGAUGCAACUGUGGUCAGUGUUGCAGCCAUCAGCCACAUGCUUUCGCACGGCGUUUCGCCAGAACAAGCUCUUAGCAUUUGGACCUUCAUGAGGAACAACUCGGAAAAACAUUUGCUCUUGGCUUUGGCGGGCCUAGUUGAAAUACACAACAUUGACACCACGAUCCCGCUUGUUGGAGUAUCAUACGCAUUGCAGCUCCUAAGCGAGGAGUCCAAAGCAGAUCCGUCUGCACUUGAGGCUUGCCUUGCCCUGAUGAAUCAAGCUAUUCACCGCUCAGAGGGCUGCUUCCAAAAGUUGUGCCCACUGAAACCCUACCUCCAACAGAUCUCCAUCUAUUUGAUGGAACAUCUUGUCCCCAGGGUUCGGGUUACAAGCUUCAGCAGCUGGUCGCAAACGCAGUGGGUUUCCGAGGAAAUUCUUCAGUCUUUCUACUCACUAAUGGAGGAGCAAGAGGUUGAACCGAGAACGAGUGCCUCACUGAUGCACCUCUUAGACGCUGUGUUGCCCUCCAGAGUCGAGGGCGUCGGAUGGGACAUCCCUUUGGUUGCAUCCUUGUCUGCUGCCUUGUCAAUGACGUCUCAACUCGGCUUGGUCAUUUCCCAACUGGUCGUCCAAUCGCUCAAAAAUACGUUUGGCAACUCAUCAAAGCAGGCGUUAGCCAUGUUGGAGGAGGCUUUCAAGAAGGCCUUGAAUGUACUGCGGGAGGGAGACUCCGUGAAGUCUCAGGUUUUUGUCGCGUUGGUUCUUGCCAGAGAGCUUGUUUUGCAGAGUGUCGAUUUGGUCGAGGCAGCAGUGGAAGACGAGAUGUUUGAGCAGAGGUUGGACAACAUUUUGACGGAUGUCGUUCAGGCUUUGGGGAUGCAGCUUGGAGGGCUGCCUCCAGACGAUGUUGGCACGUUGUUGUGCACCUACCAGGGGCGAGAUCUUCGAGUGGAGCAGCGUCCUACAGCUUUUGCAUCCCUUUAUGUGCUUGCAGCAGCUCGACGGCGUGAGAGACCACUUCCAACGAACACAGCUGUCAAACAUUUGCUAGAGGUGGUUGCCUUAAACACAGGAGGGGGUGACAGUGACCUGCACCGUUUCCUUGAGGGUUGCAGGGCAGAAUCUGUGACGUUUUCCAACGCCCUGGGCUUGUCGCUGUUGCUGCCAGACCAGGUUCGUCCGGAGGUUAGAUCAGUAGUGGGAUGCCUGCAUGAUAUAGGUUCAGAAGAUCAGUCGCGCUCGGAGCAGGCUGCGCAACGGUUUAAAGAAAUCUGCGGCAAGAAAUGCGAGACCUUCCAGGCUUUGCUUGAGAUCAUGCGAGCAGUGGGAGAAGUUGCUUGCAUGCAAUGCUCGGCCGAAGACGAUGACACACUUGACCUAGCAGGCCGAAUAGCGGACGAAUUGCCGAGCGUUCUUGGACGGGCUGGAGAGCUUUUGCGAUUGAAAGGAGACGAUGAGACUGAGUGGAACAUUGAUUUCCUCAACAUGGACGGCGAACAUGCUUGGCGAGCAUCCAUCUUCACACACCUCGUUUGCUUGCUCGGGGCCGCCCACGCCAGCGUCAACCAGAGGCAGGAGAACUUGCCAUCAGCUAUCAAGCCCUUCACCGCUUUCAACGACAUCGAUGAACCGACUCUGAAUUCCACGUUUUGGCCUGGAGUGCCCGAUGAUUGGUGGCAGUCCUUGAGGUACUCAGGUUUGCACAAACACUUGCUCCCCGUCACUGGGAACAUAGGUUGGGCCCAAUGCCAGUGUGGGUACCGCUAUUGCUAUGCCGAAUGCGGUGCCCCUGUCUCUGCCGCAAAAUGUCCAAGCCCGGAGGGUGAAGGUCGCUGUACUUUGAUGAAUGGAGGCCAGAACCACACCUUUGCGCCUCACCAGCAGCUGAUUGCAGUGGUGGUUACUGCACGUCCACACGGAACGGGGUGGCCUCCGGUUUUCCACUCAAUGAGCCAAGGGUUCCCAGCUGCUUUUCAGCCUCCACCACCUUCUCCCGGUCUUUUUGCCUUGACGGAGGCUGACUUGCACAUCUCAGUGACAGAAGCGGAUCGGGCAGUGGUUUCCCACAGUCUCAUGUCUGAAACAGUCCGUCAAGAUUGGAAUCAGCCACUUGGCAAGCCUCCUGAUCCGAAGAGCGGUUUGCACCCAGUGACAUUUCGAGUACUCCAUCUUUUGAUCCAUGCCAGUGCCCUGGUUGGGAUUGAGAUGGAAUGGGUGCAGGGGCGAGAAAACAUCGUCCAACUCUUGCAGGGACACCUUCGGCAGGUUGCUCGAAUCAACCCAGUGAGGAACGCAAAUGACACUGUGUGGUAUUUCAUGGCGAAUGUGGAAGCUGAUUUGGAUGCUCUUGCCAAGUUGCUUAGUGGCAACCUUGAAAUUGCAACGCUCUUCAUGCAUGCUGUGCUUCACCGGCUGGGAUCUUUGCAGCCACAGGAGCAGCCAAGCGGACAGAACCUGACCACUCACGAGGCUCGAGUUGCUUACGAGAUUUGGUUUCACAACACCAUCAUUCGGCCGAUCUUGGGUGAGAAAGGUGCAAGCGGCGACUUUCCACUGCCAGGGGUUCAUGCUCUACGCAGACAGGCAAGCCAGGGGACAGACCCCAACAAGUUCCUGGCAACUGACCUGCUGGCACGAAGGGGUCUUCCAGCCGAAGCCUGGGUCAAUGUGAAGGAAGGGGUGCGAGCAGGUUUGCUUUUGCAUGUUCUCAGGCCCUCUGUAAUCGCCUCUGCAGAAGAUACCCUGGAAGAGCUUGUUGCAGCAACUUGCGGUGGCAAUCGCUUUGUGAUUCUGCGAUGGCUGAUGGCUGGAGUAGAGGAGGAUGGAGUUUCUUGGAGUCUUCUGCCUGACCUUUUUCGAGCUGCCAGUCUGGCGGCUUGGAACGCUGCUUUGGCAUCCGACCAGUUGCGAGAUGGCUGUGGAGUCAUUCGGCUUCCAAGUGUUGCACUUGAAUCACCUUUAGCCAUCGCAUGCCCCAUUGCAGAUCCUGAAAAGCCGCAGCAUGGUGACAUUCCUGUCGGAAAUCAGGCUGACAAGCCUGAGCAUAUUGCCGCGCUCGGCCUGCAUCACCUUGCAGCGAGUCACAACAAGCUGAUUGCGCAGGUCAAAGCCUAUUUGGAUGACCGCAAAUCUUUGUCGGCGCAUGUGAGAGCUAGAUUACAUCCUUCAGCGGGACUGUGCCAGUCCAGUGGCCAGUGCCAACCCGCAGCAGAGACGUGCCACGACCAAAGUGUGCGACUGAUACAGAAAGCAAGUGCAACGGACUUGUUUGUUUUCCCAUCGCAGCUUGAGGAUGCUUGUGCAGUCGAAGAUGAUGUGCAUCCACAUGGGCCGAGAACCUUCCGAUUGGACUACAAAAUUGACCACAAGGAUUUGCACCAAGACUAUGAUGCCUUCCCAUAUCGAAUUUUCCAUGGGAUCGUAGAUGUGCGAAUUUUGAACAGGCUUAAGGGCUGCCGGCUGGCGGAACAAGUUGCUCUCAGCGAAGCGAUUGGAGUUCAAAAAGCGGAAGAUCUUGAGAUCUCUUUCUUUCGUGAUGCCUCGCAUGCAGUGGAGGUGAGCAAGAUCACAGGAGAUCUCAUCGCACUUGUUCUUGGAGUUAAGUCUGCGCACGCCUUCCGUAGUGACAUGACACUCCAGGAGUUCGUGGAGGUUUUCACAUUGGUUGAUAAGGUGCCUCACCAAGAUCGCAAAUGUGAACAUCACCCUGAUGCGCUGAUGCGCAUUGUGGGGUGCUCAGUUGCAGGCUUGCCAGACAUCGCCACAGUUCCUCUCAAUGGGCUUGUCGCUCUUCACUUGCUUUCAAGAGACAUGCUUGCCAUGAUCAGAGGGGUCAGCAUCAAGACGAGGGAUACCGGAGAGGAGUACACGGAAUCUUUGGAUCCUCCAGCCUCCCUGAAACAGGAUUUGGAGAAGCUUAAGGAAACGUGCCCACAAGCGCUUGCAAUGGUAUGUCGAUUGGUGGCUCGGACUGUUUACUUGGCGAGUGAUUUGCCGCUGGCGAUCCCUGAUCUUGAUCAACCUCGAGAAGCCCCUCGUUUGUGCAUGCUUGUCAAGGAGAUGGAUGUAUUGGAUGAGCUUGAAGAACUUGGGGUGGACAAAGGGGAGGAAGCUAAAGCACUCCUUGACAUGCCGGUCCCACUUGAUUUGGAGUACUGGAAUGAUUGGAAUCAGGGGCAUGUCAUGACAGCCUUGAAGCUCUACCGUUCUGUGUGGUCUCAGAUCCGUGAACCUUACUUGGCACCUCCCAAGCCUGUCCUUGCUGCCUGCACUGACCCAGCCAUAGCCGGUGGCAUGGCGAAGGGUUUGGCCCAGUCUGGCUGGCGACAACCAAAGGCUGGUCGUGGGAAACGUCCUCGAAAGGCAAAGCGAUUCAGUGCUCAGAACAAGGAGCGCCUUCCUUUUGGUCACAAGUGCUAUCAAUUAGCCAUUAGCCCUUGGAAAAUAGAUUUAUAG